AUGGCCACGAACAUCACCCACCACGCCGGCAUCACGCGCAAGGAGCGCAAUGACCUCCGCAAGCAACAAGGUCUCACAAUCUGGCUGACCGGUCUCUCCGCCUCCGGAAAGUCCACCAUCGCUGUCGAACUCGAAAGACAGCUGCUGGCGCGCGGCCUGCACGCCUACCGCCUGGACGGCGACAACGUCCGCUUCGGUCUCAACAAGGAUCUCGGUUUUUCUGAUGCCGACCGUAACGAGAACAUCCGCCGCAUCGCGGAGGUCGCGAAGCUCUUCGCUGACAGCUCUUCCAUCGCCAUCACAUCUUUCAUCUCGCCGUUCCGCGCGGACCGUGACACAGCGCGCAAGCUGCAUGAGGUUCCUACACCUAAUGAUACGACCGGUCUGCCGUUUGUGGAGGUCUUCGUUGAUGUUGACCUCAAGGUUGCGGAGGCUCGCGAUCCAAAGGGGCUGUACAAGAAGGCGCGCGAGGGCGUGAUCAAGGAGUUCACUGGCAUUAGUUCUCCGUACGAGGCUCCUGAGAAGCCCGAGGUUCACAUCAAGAACAACGACGAUCUGCCGAUUGCGGACGCUGUGAAGCAGAUCAUCGACUACUUGGACGGCAAGCAGCUGCUCAAGGCUUAA